GUUUUUUCCGAUGUUGAUCGAUCCGGAUCGGAAUAUUUGGCGGACGCAUGCGCACUUUUUCUAGGCGCGAUGGCGGCUCUUCGGCGCCAUGCUGGUGAGGGCGUCCAAUUGGCGAUAUGUCGGUGGUUGACGGCUGAUGGGCGCCAUGUUGUGCUGCCACGCUUGGCCUGCAUAACUACCCGCACCAGCCUAUCUGUGCCAGUUCCAAGACACCUGCAAAAAGAUCAACUGCAUGGACAUGCUGGGGUUCCUACUCCCACAUUACUGGAGCCUCUGCAAGAGAAUAACGAGCUAUUGAGUGACCCCCUGAAACACCCAGACUUCUUCUAUGUCAGUGAACUCUUCUCUCUCAAAGACCUCUUCAAUGCCAGAGUGCACUAUGGUCACAAAAGGGGUUGUCGGAACAGACUGAUGGAGCCAUAUAUCUUUGGCUGCCGCCUGGAGCAGGACAUCAUCGACUUGGAUCAGUCAGUUCUUCACCUUCAGAAAGCACUGAACUUUACUGCCCAUUGUGCCUAUCGGAAAGGGAUCAUCCUGUUUGUGAGUCGCAUCCGUCAGUUUGCUCACCUGAUAGAGAAAACUGCACAGGAGAGUGGGGAAUACGCACACACCAGAUACUGGCAAGGAGGGCUGUUAACCAAUGCACAUGUCCAAUAUGGAACUGGUGUCCGCCUGCCUGAUCUCAUCAUCUUUCUCAGCACAAUGAACAAUAUCUUUGAGCAGCACAUUGCUGUGCGAGAUGCUGCCAAGAUGAAUAUCCCAACAGUGGGGAUAGUAGACAGUAACUGUAAUCCCAGUCUCAUCACUUACCCCAUCCCAGGAAAUGAUGAUUCCCCUUUGGCAAUUAAACUCUACUGUAAACUUUUUAAAAUGACUAUUCUCCGGGCAAAAGACAAGAGACGUCAAAUGGAUCUUCUGUAUGGAACCCAGGAAGAAUUAACCAAAUAAAGUGCUUAAUAUACAAAAGCAUUGCUGCCAUCAGGCACAGCAAUUUGUAAUUCAAUAGAUUGUCUCCAUAAUUAAAAUGUGCAUUAAACUA